AUGAACAGCCGCCGCCGCCGCCUGUCCUCCCCCACAUCGCCGGCGACGACGCCGCCGCUGGAGGACGAAAAUCUCCUCCUGGAGAUCCUCCUCCGCCUCUCCCCGCUACCGUCGUCACUCCCCCGCGCCUCCCUCGUCUGCAAGCGCUGGCGCCGCCUCGUCUCCGACCCCAAAUUCUUCCGCCGCUUCUGCGCCCACCACCGCAAAGCUCCAUUCCUUGGAUUUUUCAUCAGAUGCGUGGAUGGGAUCUCCUUCAAACCCAUGCUGCCUACGCCGGACCACAUCCCUCCCUCGCGCUUCUGCCUGCCGCAGAGCCGCUACGAGCGCUGGGACUUCGUCGGCUGCCGCAACGGCCUCGCCCUCCUCAUCAAUCAGGCGCGUCUCGAGGCCGUCGUGUGGGAUCCCAUCACACGCCACCAGCUCUGCGUGGCCUUCCCACCGGACUUCGACGAAAGGUAUGCAAGAUAUGUCAGAAACGCCGCGCUGCUCUGCGCUUCCAGUGAAAUCCAUGACCAGGUGCACGGUCGCUGCGGUUUGCACCCUUUUAAGCUGGUAUUGGUGCAAGGCACCGGCAGGGUUGGUGAGCCCCAGCGUGCAUUGGUCUAUCUCUAUGAUUCAGAAUCCGGGGUGUGGGAAAAUUCCAUCUCAGCAGCGACUAAACAUGGUAUUCAUGUUGCGAGUACCAACGUCCUGGUUGGUAAUGCAGUUUAUUGGUUGCUUAAUGGGGGUGAAAUCCUUGAAUUUGAUUUUGAAAGGCAGAGCUUAGUGGUGAUCGACAGACCAGCAGCAGUACCCUCCCUUGGGGAGAAGCAUGACGACUUUCAGAUCUUGCGGACACGGGAACACCGGCUUGGCUUUGCCAUGUGGACAGAGGUGGGCAUUGAAAUAUGGGAGAGGAAGGGCAAUUCUGACAGUGUUGCCGGAUGGGAGCGUCAGGACAUUAUCAAAUUUGACAAGCUCCCUCCACUGGUAUCUAGAAAACGUUUUUCUAUAGCGGGGUUUGAUGAGGACAGCAAUGCAAUAUUUCUGUCUACGAUCAUUAGCCAUACCUUCAUGGUCCAACUUGAGUCAAUGCAGUUCAGAAAAAUUUCUAUAGGACAUUAUGGCCAGGUUUAUCCGUACACAAAUUUCUGUACUGCAGGCAGAGAAAUUAGUGAUGGAAGUAGAGUUGAACUGAUGCACAAUACAUCAGACUAUAUUCCUGUGGGCUGGAUUGGCUGAAAGGAUUCCGAAGCUGCUUUUGAAGUGCCAAGAUGAAGAAUGUUCUAUGUUUCGUUCUUUGGUGGCCUGCGUAGUAUUGAAAGUGUCCAAGGUGGAAUGUGGCCAUCUUGCAACUGUCAACCAUGUCAUGUG